AUGGCUCCCGAAAAGUACAAGAAUCCUCCCCAGGCCCCGCCGACUUUCACGGGUACGAAGGAGUCCAUCGUGGCCGAUGCUAAGGCUCUGUGUGACAACACCCGGUCUCUGUUGGACAAGGUCGCCAGCGAGGUUUCCGCCGACAAGGAGAGCUUCUCUUCGGUCGUAUAUCCCAUGGCCGAAGAUGAAAACCAUAUUCAACUCAGUAGCCGCAUCCUUGGGUUUUACCAAUAUGUCUCGGGACAUGCCGAUCUGCGCAAUGCUUCCACCGAGGCGGAGAAGCUUAUGGACGAAUUCUCCAUCGAGUGCAAUAUGCGCGAGGACAUUUUCAAGCUCGUCGAGGCCGCAUUCCAGGCGCAGAAGAGCAGAGAGCCCGAUCUCGACCCCGAAAGCUUGCGGUUGUUGGAGAAAGAGCGCAAAGGCUACAUCAGGAACGGACUCGGACUGCCCCAGGGUCCCCAGCGAGAUCGCUUCAAGGAGAUCAAGAAACGAUUGAGUCAGAUUGGCAUCGAAUUUCAGAAAAAUUUGAACGAAGAGAAUGGCGGGCUAUGGUUUGCAAGAGAGGAACUGGAUGGCAUACCAAGCGACGUGGUUGACGGCCUAGAGAAAGGCACAGGGGAGAAUGAAGGCAAGCUUAAGCUUACCUUCAAGUAUCCCGAUAUUAUCCCCGCGCUCAAGUUCGCAAAGAACCCGGAGGCGAGGAAGAAGGUUUUCAUCGCAAAUGAAAAUAAGACCAACCAAAAUAUCCCUCUAUUCAGAGAGGCCAUCCUGCUACGGGAUGAAGCGGCUAGGCUUCUGGGCUACCCCAACCAUGCUGCAUUCCGUAUUGAAGAUAAGAUGGCGAAGGACCCAGCGGUGGUAAACGAUUUCUUGUCAGAUCUUCGAACGCGUCUCGCGCCCGGUGGCGUGAAAGAGAAGCAACGUCUGCUGGAAUUAAAGAACAAGGAUGAGGAGUCGAGGGGGCUGAAACCAGACGGGAGAUACUAUCUCUGGGAUCACCGCUUUUAUGACCGUAUGAUGGUGGAGCAGGAGUACAACAUCGACGAAAACAAGAUUGCCGAGUACUUCCCACUACAAAGUACGGUCCGGGGCAUGCUACACAUUUUCGAAGAACUAUUCGGCCUGGCGUUCGUAGAGCUGGAUGCUGGCGAGCGGCAGAGGAUAUCCCCAACUGGCAAGGCUGACGACAUUGCCUGGCACGAAGACGUGAUUCUCUUCUCGGUCUGGGAUGACGCCUCCGAGGGUGACGGUUUCGUCGGAUACCUUUAUCUCGACUUACAUCCUCGGAAAGGCAAGUAUGGCCACGCCGCCAACUUCAACCUGCAGCCCGGUUACCUCAAGAAGGAUGGCUCCCGGAGGUAUCCUGCCACUGCCCUCGUGUGCAACUUCUCCAAGCCUACAGAGACGAAGCCCUCUUUGCUCAGGCACGAGGAGGUCGUAACCCUGUUCCACGAACUUGGCCAUGGUAUCCACGACCUUUCUGGCCGGACCACCUACAGCCGAUUCCACGGGACGUCGACGGUCCGAGAUUUUGUCGAGGCCCCCAGCCAAAUGCUCGAGAACUGGUGUUGGACUCCGAGCCAGCUGAAGUCGCUGUCGAGCCACUACAAGACGGGCGAGAAGAUUCCCGAUGAUCUAAUCGAGAAACAGAUAUCAACCAAGCACGUGAACGAUGCCCUCUUCAACCUCCGACAGCUGCAUUUCGGUAUCUUCGACAUGACCGUGCACUCGCCUGCGACCCACGAGGAACUGGAAAAGCUAGAUGUGGGUAAAGUAUACAACGAACUGCGCACGGAGAUCGCCGGCCUGGACGGCCCCGAGGCUCUAGGUGAGCCAAGGUACGUGUUCUAUGACCCGCACUCAACCAAGCACUUAGGGAAUAGGUCUGAUGCAUUUGAGAAUAGCACGUGGGGCAAUGGCCAAGCGACGUUCGGCCAUCUCAUAGGUGGGUAUGACGCGGGUUACUAUGGUUAUUUAUCUUCGGAAGUCUACAGCACGGACAUGUUUUACUCCGUAUUCAAGAAAGACCCGAUGGACGGGAAAGAGGGCCGUCGAUACCGCCACACCGUACUAGAGCGUGGCGGUAGCCAGGACGAGAUGCUAUCCCUCGAGCAGUUCUUGGGAAGGAAGCCGAAUAGCGACGCUUUCUACGCGGAGCUGGGUCUUACUUCCGCUAAGGUCUCCGCUACCGCGUAA